CAGGAGUCAGAGGACUAGCUAUAGUCCUUAUCAAAAUUCCCUGUCGCCUAGCUGUGGUUCACAUUGCCCUGAUUCUCCGAACUUCAAAACUGGCCAUGUCACCACCUUAGGUCGAAUACUCAUGUGCAGUCAGAGGUUGUCAUCUUCAACAUGAGCAACCUUACAUCCACGAUUCAAGACCUGGCCUCGAAUCCAAAGCACACGAGAUGGAUUGGACCUCUGAUCAUAGCCGGUGAAGCUGCGCUAUGUGCCUUGAUCAUUUGGAACGUACCUUAUACCGAAAUUGACUGGUCCACCUACAUGACCCAGAUCCAUACAUUUCUUAACGGAGAGAGAAACUAUGCCAAAAUUACCGGUCCGACUGGGCCCUUGGUCUACCCAGGUCUUCACGUCUUCCUCUAUUCCCUACUCUGGCGUUUGACCGACGCAGGCGAAAACAUCUUCAAGGCCCAGGUCAUCUUUGCUGGACUAUACCUUGUCACUCUGGCAAUUGUCAUUGCCUGUUACAGGAGAGUAGGAGCACCUCCGUGGCUGUUGGUGCCACUCGCCUUGAGCAAGAGACUGCAUUCUAUAUUCCUUCUACGAUUGUUCAAUGAUGCGUGGGUGGCCCUGGCCUUCUGGGCCACCAUCUAUUUCUUACAACGGCGGAGAUGGCAAGAUGCAGCAAUUGCUUGGAGCUGUGGUCUUACAAUAAAAAUGACCAUGCUCUUGACAGCGCCCGCACUCGCCGUGAUACUGCUUCAAGCACAAGGAAUUGUCGGAGCCAUCUUCUCCGGCGUUUCGAUUUUGGUCAUUGGCUAUUUUGUCUCCGCACCCUUCGUCGCCACCGACUACCAGGCCUAUUUUGCGCGAGCAUUCGACUUUGGGAGACAAUUUCUCUUCAAGUGGACCGUGAACUGGAGGUUUGUCGACGAGGCAACGUUCUUGUCAAAGGGCUUUGCCAUCAGUCUCCUCAUUGUCCAUGUAUCAUUACUAGUGGUGUUCAUCCAGCUCAAAUGGACCAAACCAGCUGCAUCGAACCCUCCAGACUUCUUCAAGCGAUAUCUGGGCAUCUCGAACUCAACCGAUCGAGAAUUGAUCUCGAAAAGGAUCACACCGACAUUCGUGAUGGAUACUAUGACUGCGAGUAUGGUCAUAGGCUUGUUGUGUGCCCGGAGUUUGCAUUAUCAAUUCUUUGCAUACCUCGGCUGGACCUCUCCGUAUAUUCUUUGGAGGUUCGGUGGCAGCCCGUCGGUCGUCCUGUUAGGAUGGGCAGUGCAGGAGUAUGCGUGGCUCGUGUUCCCUGGCACGAACUUGAGUUCCGCCUUGGUAGUGUCAUCGCUGACGCUUCAAGUGGCAUGUGCCCUCAUUGCUCCUCCAGUCGACCAUAUUCGCCCACCUGCGAGGGAUGUGAGCAAGGCCGAAGUAAAAAGGACAUGAUCGACUGAGGCAGUAGCGUCGUGAUCAAGUAGUAUCCUCUUCACUGUCACUUGGUGGCAUCUUGCCAACAUUGGAUUCUUCCUCAUCGCUGUCUACAGGCACAGCCUUCUUGACAAAUUGUGGUGGCCAGUAUGGUUGUUUUCUCCACAUCUUUUCAUCACUGGCAAUAUUGAUGAUGUCUCCCUGGAUCUUGUUUUCUCGAUCAUCAGUGUUGGAGGUGUCGAUGAGAACAUAGCCACCUCGCUUGAUCCAAACUGUGGCUCGGAACUUGGAGUCGAGUUCGACUAGAAGGGUUUGGGACUCGGGAGUUUGCACCGUGUAGAGGUCCUUGCCAUUAGCUUUGAUAACGCGAGCGAUGCUUUGACUUUGUGUCAAGGUGUCUGGAGGGGUCAGGGUUUCCGCGACGGUAUUUCUAAGCCUGCGCCGCGACAUGGCUCAUGAAAUAGGCAGAUACAGGGUCUAGACGUCAGUCAUGAUAUAGUAACGAGGAGAGGC